UGUGUAUACUCACUUUCUGGGCUCUCACUUUACAACAGAGGCAUGGGGAUGGAAGUUUGCUGCACCUUGGGCAUGAUUGAGAAACAACAAGCACUAGAGCUAAAGAAAGCUGGACUCACUGCCUAUAACCACAAUCUUGAUACUUCAAGAGAGUACUACCCAAACGUCAUCACUACUAGAAGUUAUGACGAACGCCUUGAAACUCUUGAGCAUGUUCGUGAAGCUGGAAUCAACGUUUGUUCAGGAGGAAUCAUAGGGCUUGGAGAGGCUGAGGAAGACAGAGUAGGUUUAUUACACACACUAGCAACACUUCCUUCUCACCCUGAGAGUGGUCCCAUUAAUGCUCUACUUGCAGUGAAAGGCACUUCUCUCGAAGACCAGAAGCCGGUUGAGAUUUAUUGUAUGAGUUGUGAUGUGAAAUAUUGUGUUAGCUUGUCUAUUUGCUAA